GCGGAGGGGAGAGGAGACACUCGCUGUUGAAGUCGUCUGUGUGGCGGGGGACCACUUGCCUUGUGACAUUUGGCACCACUAAUUGCCUCUCUGAUUAAUCAGACUACCUGUGAUGGUGUAAAUUGUAGCGCGGAGAUUCCCUGCUGCGCUGUGAACUCCUACUGCCUCCAUCUCUUUUAUUCUGAGCCAACUUUCACCAUGACGCCGGAUCGUGACGCCUGCUGGACGCAAUGACAGCCGACAAGGAGAAGAGAAGGGCGAUUAGCCGCGAGGCCGCCAGACGGAGGCGACAGGUGGAGUCUGAGGUGUUUGAAGAUUUGUCUCGCCUCCUGCCGCUCCAACCGUCUGUCCAAGCUCACCUGGACAAGCCCUCCGUGAUUCGCUUCACCCUCAGCUACAUACGCAUGCACACGCUGCUCAAAGGGGAGACUUGGACAAAAGCAAAGGCUGGUCACAAAGUAAAAUGCGGGCGAGUGAUGAACGGUGGAGAGGAACGUCGCGAGCGUGACGGAGGACGUGAGGAAGAGGAGGAGGAGGAGGAAGAAACAGAGGAAGUCGAGGCCUCGGAGGAGACAAACCUGUACCUGAGGAUCCUGGAGGGAUUUCUGAUUGUGUUGUCCACUGAGGGAGACAUGAUCUACCUGUCUGACAACGUCAACAAGUACAUGGGCUUGACACAGAAUGAGCUGAUGGGACACAAUAUUUUCGAGUUUACUCACCCUUGUGACCAUGAAGAAAUCAGAAAUAAUCUACAUCUAACAGCAGAGGACGUUUGGUGCGGUGCAAAGAGACACUUUGUCAUGAGGAUCAAAAGCGCUCUGACACACAGAGGAAGAAGCGCCAACCUCAAGUCAGCUACGUGGAAGGUUCUCCACUGUCAGGGCCGGGCGAAGGUGUGUGUCGGCCCGGCCUCAGUUUCCUGUCUGCUGCUCACCUGCCAGCCUCUGCCCCUCUCACACACACUCCUCAGUGCACACACCUUCACCAGCCAGCACAGCAUGGACAUGAGGUUCACGUACUGUGACCAGAGAAUGACUCUGCUUUUAGGUUUCAGUACCGAGGAGCUGCUGGGCCGUUCCAUCUAUGAUCUUUGUCACACAAUGGACAUAAACCAUUUGACCAAAAAUCAUCUCAACUUGUGUUUUAAGAGUCAGUCGGUCAGCGGUCAGUACCGGAUGCUGGUGAGAAGUGGAGGUUACGUUUGGGUGGAGACUCACAGCGCCGUCAUCCCCGGCAGCCAACCGUCCAAGUCAAGGCCAGGCGCCCACCAGCCGCUCUGCAUCCUCUGCGUGACCUAUGUCCUCAGUGGUGUGGAGGAGCCGUCCUUGCAGCUCUCUGUGGACCAGAUUGUGCACAUUUGAGCCGAAGCUUGAGUCUGAAGAACAGUCUGCAUUCUCGAAGAAACAUGAUCGAACUUUUAUUAAAUAUAGAAAACUUUCUUCUUUCUGUUUUUUGUCGACCACUGAUGUUUCUGUUUAGUAUUCGCUCUGAAUAUUUGAACUGUGAGAACUAUUGAGACAUGAUUGGGAAAUGAUUUUACAUUUUAAGUUUCACAGACAAACUUCUGUCUUCCUUAUAUGACAAUUGAAAGCUUUAGGUGUAGACUGUGGUUGACAGACAGUUGAGAGCGUUGUGAGAGUUGAAAUAUGUCGCUGAAAGCGAGCGGCGUGACUUUUUCCUGACCUCUCUGGGCCUGACCUUGCUUCCUGUGGGGUUUCCUUGUCUGACACGUGGGGUGACAUCUGACUGUCAAACAUAAUGUACAUACACACACACACACACACACUCACAAACACACGCAAACACGCACACACACAGUCGAUAUAACAAAAUACGCCUUGUGCUGAUGAGGAGAUGUGAGCAGACGUAAGUCACAGCCACAGCUUCCUGAAAGAGACACUCGAUAGGAAAGUUCUCGUGGGAACUCUUUAAACUUUUUACCUUUCGGCUUCAGAAUACACACACACACACGCACACACACACACACAGUCUCUUUUUUUCAAGUUUCAGUUCUAGUAGUUUUACUGGUGUGAAACUGAAUUGGAAAAAAAGAAGGAAGGAAAUGCAUGAUGAUAAUAAUUAUGACGAUAAGAAAGUUCAGAGCUAAAAGCACAUAAUUACUUAUUAAUUGUUGAGAAAACACACUCCUUUACAAAAAUAUAGCUGCAGGGGAAUGUAAAAUUGUACAAAUUUGAGGUACUUUUCUUGAGUAUUGCUACUUUAUACUUCUACUCAUAUUCAGAGAGAAAUUUACUUUUUAUUACAUUUACGUGAUACAGUUACAAGUAACUCUGCAGACCCAAAACAUAUGAUGAGCUCUUGAUGCAUUAUUAAAGAUUCAACGCUCUGAAUUCU